AUGAGAUUAGGAGAUGUAAGAGCCAAUGACCAGAAACGAGAAGCCAUAGCCCUCAUGGAACAGGCCGGAUGUGAUAUCACUCAAGCUUGUGGAAAUGCAGAGUGGCCGAAAUUACAAGAGGUAUUAGCUCCCCAGUAUCGUCUGAAAAUAUUUCAGUUCAAAUCUACUUCGACUAAACUCUGUUUAGAGCGCAUCUUCAAAGGCUGGGGAGAUGGAACUUGUUUGAACAUUUUGUUAGACAACCGUCAUUGCGAUGCCAUCAUAUCCAUGCCGGGAGUAACGGGGAACCAAUAUUACUGUGAUCAUUGCGACGUGGGGUACAGGAAUGUCACAGACCAUCGGUCCAAAUGUCCUCAUCGCUGUACCUAUUGUUUAGGACCACACCCUCAAUGUCCCGAUGAAGGGAUCAAGAUUAAAUGUCGGGAAUGCCAUGGAAUGUUUAAGAACAGGACCUGCUACGAAAAUCAUUUAAAACCCCAUAGUAAGAAAACCACCACUACUGUCUGCAAUUUAAUGGUUCUAUGCGAGAAGUGUCAGUCGUGGAUACCUUAG